GCGAGUAGCGGAGCAAGCACAGCCGGCCACUUGGAGAGUUUUUGCCGCUGUCCCAGAGCCACCUAGGCCAGCUUCGCGGCGCUACCCCGCGGAGGCAGAGGAGGCGGCUGCAGAGCAGAGGCGGCGAGCAGGCGCGGGGCCAGCAGCGAGCGGCACUGCUGGGGAGCGCACCCUCCCGCGGUCCGGGAGCCACGCGAACUCCGUGCCCGCACGCGCCAGCCCCGGCUCGGCUCGCGCCUUUCUCAGCGUCCGGGGUGCCCGGCCUCUCCGCCCAGCUUCGGCUCUUCAGGGCCGCUGCAGACCGAGUUGCAGCAUGAAUCUGGGACUCUGCGUGCAGGCGCUGCUGCUGCUCUGGCUCUCCUUGACUGCUGUGUGUGGAGUGCCACUGAUGCUGCCUCCAGAUGGGAAAGGGCUAGAAGAAGGCAACGUGCGCUACCUGGUGCAGCCCAGAGCUUCGAGGACUGGACCAGGGCCCUGGCAGGGAGGCAGGAGGAAAUUCCGCAGACAGCGCCCACGUCUCUCCCACAAGGGCCCCAUGCCUUUCUGAAUCAGGAUUGAAGGGUUCUGCAAGUGCUCGUCCGGUGCCAUUCUCUCUACUCCACAGAUUCGUUCUCUUCUCUGGAACUUUCACGUCUUGCACCUGUCCUAGCUGCCGAUGGUCCCGGCUCUUCUCACCCACCAAGUUCCUCUAGUGGCAUGGUCCCGCCCCUCAUUUGGACGACUCCGUUUCUCUCACAAGGAUCCAUUUGGCCCAUCUUCCUGGCCACUCCUUGGACUGCCGUUGGAGACCCUGCUUGUCCUCAGCCUGCUCCAUGUUCUAGUCCCUAUCCAUUGGCCUUAGCCUUCACCUGGCCCUUCCCUCUUCACACUAUCUUGGGAACUGGACAGGAACACUCCCUUCUUCAAGGGAUUCCUUCAUUCCUUCCAAACACAUUCACACUUUCUUGUCAAUUAGACUUCUCACGUAAAACGGAGUACAGAGAUGUGCAACAAGAGACUUUGGUUGAGAGGGAUUGGGUGUUGGGAUCCAGAGAAGGCGCCUUGGGGACACUGAAAUGUGGCGUGGUGAAGGGCUGAGGAGAAUAGCUGCCACGGCCUCUUUCUCAGCUCUCCCUGGCCCUGUCAAGGAAGAGGCAAAGGAGAGGGACCCGUGAAGAAUUUUGUCACUGUGUCUUCCCCCGUCCUCAUCCUCUGCUCUGAAGCUAGUUCAGUCUCCAAGUCCCAAGGGGAGAGUGCUGAGCCUGACAUGGUUCUCUUCUCUCCUGGGAGUAAAAGCUAACUAAGCAGGAGAGUUGUUUUUUGCCAAAAAAUAAAAAAUAAAAAUCACAGAAAGUCAGAGUCCAAAGGACCCUUGAAGAUCACUUGCUUCCUUAUGCAAAAGCUUGCACAAACAGAGGGCCUGGAGAGGGGAGUGGUCUGCUCGGAGCCACUGCAGAGUCUCAGUGGGGACCAGGUCUCCCCGACUCCCACUUUAGGAUAUCCUUUUUCCUCUCGAUGAUGUCCUUUCAAAGCAAAUGAAGUGCCUUUUGUUGGGUUUAGUGCAGAGGGUGGCUGGGAAGGACGGGAGGGAGAGGUAAGCCAGCUGUGAACUGCCCAGUGGGAGCAUGGAUCUGCCCCUCCCAGCCCCGCCUGGAAGAUACCCUAAGUGGUGACAUGUAUGCCACACAGGCCAGGUCCCAGGCACAAGCCCGGGCUCAAGCUACUUUAAUUGGGGUUCUCAGGCACUGAAUCUAUCAUUGAGCCCCUGACCCUGGUUGUCAUGAUCUCCUCCUCUGUAGACUGGACCCUUGUUCUUGUGGAUUUGGGGGACGUGUCAGAGGAUGGAGAAGGGGUAAGAAAGGAAGGAGAGAAUGAAGAAAGGAGGAGAGAUGGGAGGAUGUGUACGUGGGGUCUAUUACCCCACUAAGAGGCCCCAUAUGUUUUUUUCCCCCCGAGACAGGGUUUCUCUGCGUAGCUUUGCGCCUUUCCUGGAUCUCGCUUUGUAGACCAGGCUGGCCUCAAACUCACAAAGAUCCGCCUGCCUCUACCUCCCGAGUGCUGGGAUUAAAGGCGUGCGCCACCACUGCCCAGCCGGGGCCCCAUAUCUUGCCAGGAGUCUUGCAGCCCUUCCUUGAAGGGAGACCCUCAUCUUUUGCCUGAGCAGAUGUUCUUCUCAGAGUCCUCCCAGGAGGGAGAAAAGACAAGACAGAAGCUUGAUAUUCACUUACAUAUGUGUAGGGCAGGGGGAGUCAGGACCCUCAAGCCCCAUAGUAACCCCAAGAUUGCCUAUCCACCCCUCCCCAAAGCCUUUCCUUCCCAUCUGCUGCUGCUAAUGCUGUUGUUGCUGCUGCUGCUACUGCUGCGCUUCAAAGCCCACCCUGGGGAGCUGGGCCAGGCAUAUCGUCCUCACCCCUUGGGCUUGAAGUGAGGGCUGGCUGGUGCCUCUUCUACUGCUGGUACCCCUACCAGGGACCGGGCCUCCUUCCUCUUUGUGAUUUCUGCGUCUCCUGCCUUAUCAGCCUGCCAUGCCCAGCCCCACAGGGAACGGGGGAGAGAAGAGGACAGCAGCUGAGAAAGAGAGGAGAUAGCAAGAGAAGAGAGGAGUGAAUGGGCCUGGUGGGCUGUCUUAUUUAAAGUGGUUGUGUAUGAUUCUUAUACUAAUUUAUAUAAAGAUAUGAAGGCCUUUUGAGUUAAAAACAAACAAAUUGUCCCUUAACUGUGAUUGCCAUGCUUGUCAAGAUUGUUCUGUGUAAAUAUGUCUUUAUAAUAAAGAGUUCAAAGCUGACAAUUUGCCCUUACUCUUUGAGGUCAUAUUCAGGAGGGGCAUUCCUUUCCCCCAAGGGCCGUCCUUGUCCCCGUGCCCACAGAUUGCACGCGUAGGGAGGUAAGUGCUUGCAUCCCAAAUUGGUUCUAGGUCAACUGGCCUCAACCCGGUUUGCCACAAGCUCACAAAAGGACUCUCUAUGUUUAAGGGCCAGUUCACAUAAAUGCGAGCCCUUUUAAGUCCUUUGGCGGCUCUUCGAAUGUCCCCAUUUUUCUGGCAGUGUCGUUUAAAAGUUUUGCUUUUGUUUUUCAGAAGUGAUUCAUUUAAGGACAUGCUGAUCAAAGGUGGGAUUUGUACUAAACGUUUUGUAUCCCUGGUGGGUGUCUACUGUUUUAUCUGCUUUGGAAUACUUUCAGGAGUUUUUAGCCAGGUUGCCUUUCUUGAAAAAUGUUGUUUUCAGUCAUAAAUACAUUUGGUAAUGACUUUGUAUGUAUCACUUUAUGUUUCACAAAGUGGAGUUGCUUGAUGAAUGAGAUAGCCUGAAAAAUAAAAUGCAAGGAGUUCAAUACAA